AGUUCUGUACAUUGACACACUGCAAUCACCAGCGCGCAGAUCCCGGGCACGACGGGGUUAGCCCGAGUGACGCACACAAAGGUUUUAACACCGACUGGACUCUUUCUCCUCUUUUCAAUUUCAACUGGAAAGGGAAAGGAAAAGGGUCUUGCAGCUUGAUAACCUCAUCAGAACAGGAGUUGGGCAGCGGGGUUAAUAACUAAAACCCUCCCCGGUAGAGAGACGAAGCCAGCAGGUAAUAUUAGAACCGCAGCUGCGGAGGUACUACAACACAGUGAAACCGCGCAGCACGGAUUCAUCGGCUAUUUUGGAUAGUUGAAGGGACGCAGAAACGCUCAAAGGUGAAAGAGGAAGAUGCUGCGGUGUCUGGUUGCUGUGCAGCUGUUCUUGGCGCCAGCUCUCCUGCUGCCUAGUGGGGACUACUGGGAGGAAUGGAGUCCCUAUGGAGAAUGUAGCAGGAGCUGUGGCAGUGGGGUUACCAUGAGAACCAGGAGAUGUGUUACCCAGAGGACUGAUGGAGGGAACAACUGUGUGGGGCCAGACAAGUCCUACCGCUCAUGUAACAUCCAGGACUGCCCAGGGGGAUCCAGAGACUUCAGAGAGGAACAGUGUUCUCAGUUUGACGGAUCUGACUUCCAGGGAAAACGAUACAAAUGGCUCCCAUACUAUGGAGCUGACAACCCUUGUGAGCUGAACUGUAUACCCAGAGGAGAGAACUUCUUCUACCGCCACAAGACAGCUGUGGUUGACGGGACCUCCUGCCACCCCGGGAGGAAAGACGUGUGUGUGGACGGUGUCUGUAAGCGUCUGGGCUGUGACAACAUGCUGGAGUCCCCCCAGCAGGAGGACCCCUGUCUGCAGUGUGGGGGCAACGGACAGUCCUGCUACCCAGUUAGGAGUACCUUCAAUAUUAACAACCUGCCCAAAGGCUAUAACCAGAUGUUUAUCAUCCCUGUGGGAGCCACCUCCAUCCGCAUCGGAGAGACUGUUGCUACUCGUAACUACCUGGCUGUUAAGAACCUGCGUGGUGAGUACUACCUGAACGGCCACUGGGUGAUUGAGUUCUCCAGAGCCACUCCAGUAGCUGGCACCAUGCUAUACUACCAGAGAGGGGCUGAGGGAGAGAUGACUCCUGAGACCAUCAUCGGCCGCGGACCCACCACCGAGCCGCUGGUUAUAGAGUUGAUCAGCCAGGAACAUAACCAGGGAAUAGAGUACGAGUACUACCUCCCUAACGGUCACUCCAGAGAGGGUCACUACUGGAGCUUCGGCUCUUGGUCUGCCUGCAGCAGAGAGUGUGGCUCAGGGUACCAGUCUCGUCUGGUGUUCUGUGCCAUCGAUAACGAGGCCUACCCAGACUACCUGUGCUCCGCCUUGCCACGCCCCCUCACCAACCGCACCUGCAACACUCAGCAAUGUCCUCAGACUCAGAGGAUGGCAUACCUGUAUCAGCCACAUGUGUGGACGCCCUCUGAAAGCCCCAGAACAUAUGUGUACAGCUGGUCGACAGGUGAAUGGAACGUGUGCUCUGUAUCGUGUGGCGGCGGCUCCCAGGUGCGCAGUGUGCAGUGUGUCUCCCAUGAUGCAUCAGGGCCCCGUGUGGUGGAGGACGCUGUCUGUGCGGCCUACGCCCUCACCCCGCCCACCCUGCAGACCUGCAACAUGCAGCGUUGUGUCUCCUGGAGGGCCUCUGUCUGGAGCGCGUGUUCAGUGACAUGUGGGACAGGGGAUCAGUCCAGAGAGGUGAUGUGUGUCGGAGCAGCAUCAGUCCAGCUAGCAGACACCUCCUGCAUCGCCUCACUCCGCCCUGUAGCCGCCCAGCCCUGCUCCAUGCCCGCAUGCUUACUGGCUGUCAGCUGGCACGUUGGAGACUGGGGACUGUGCUCUAAGAGCUGUGAGUCAGGUCUGCGUGAGCGCCAGGUGAUGUGUUCUGACAGAGAGAGGAACCUGUACCCAGUGGAACGUUGUAACUCCGUCCCCAAACCCCUCACAGUGGAGACCUGCAACACACAGCCCUGCUACAGCCCACAGGGGGUCCCCAGUAUGCAGGAUCCCAGAGGACAAGACAACACACAGCACGGCGUCCCAGAUCACGCUACAGUCCUCAGACCAGACUCUGCUGACCACCAGACCAACACAGUGUACCAUGGUCACAGCUCCGGGCCAGCCCAACACUGUAGCCGGUCCUACUACGGUUGCUGUCCAGACGGAGUGAUGGCUGCUGGGGGAACAGGGGGUCUGGGCUGUCCACGGGGAUCCAGCCCUGAGCAGGCUGUCUGUACCACCACCAGGUAUGGAUGCUGCAGGGAUGGUGUGACCAUAUCACAGGGUUCCAACAGGGAGGGCUGUCAGGAGUAUGGCUGUAUUAACACCAGGUAUGGGUGUUGCAGGGAUGGUGUGUCUGCAGCACAGGGACUCAACAAGGAGGGUUGUCUGGAAUAUGUCCCUCUUGCCCACCCCACGGCUCCUACUUCUCCCCUCCUACCAGCUGAAAACAGUAUCCAGUGUCGUCUGACCACCUACGGCUGCUGUUUCGACCGUACGUCAACCGCCGCAGGUCCCGAUGGAGAGGGCUGCCCCACUCCACCUGACAAUGUUCCCAGAACCACCUGUUCUCUGCCCAAGGCGGCCGGCUCCUGCAGUGGCUGGACGGGCCGAUACUUCUACGACGUCACCGCCGCCAAGUGCUCACACUUCUGGUACGGUGGCUGCCACGGCAACGACAACAACUUCUUGACCCGCGGAGACUGUCAGAGCAGGUGCCCUGGGGCCCGGACCAGCCAGACCAGCCACACCUACCAGCCGAGCCAUGACAUGCGCAGGGUCUUCACGGUGCAGCGCGGCACCUCAGGGGGAUCCACUGGAGGGCGCAAGGGAGCCAGCGCCGCAGACCACGCCCACAGGGCCAGGGUCCAUGUCCGACCCCACCGCCCAGUCACCUACUUCGCCCACCCUGCAGCGAGGAAAGACCCUGAGGACCGACCAGCACCCAACCCUGCUGCUCCAUCCGCUGCCAACCAGCUGGCUAGCCUGACCCAGCCAGGGGGGGUGAAGAUCGACCAGUCCGACCCGACCACGGUGGAGGCUCUGGUGGGACAGACGGUAGUGUUACCUUGCAGAGUCUCUCCAGCUCCGUCCUCCACCAUCCUAGUGGAGUGGAGGAAGGAUGGAGUCCCUCUCACUACCUUUAGGCAUCAUCCGCAGCCUAAUGGUUCCCUGUUAGUUGGUCCUCUAACUAAGGCUGACUCUGGUUGGUUGCUCUGUGUGGCAACGCGUGACCGUGAGAGAGAUCACCGCUACGUGUACCUGUCUGUCUCAGAGAACACCAGAGGAUCCCAGGCGGUACAGGACACGACAGGAAGCCUCCCCCAAGAUGGAGCAGACAGGACAGGAGAGACAGGAAUAAUACUGCCGUCAGUACCUCAUCGCCAGCCCUCACCCAAGUUCAGUAUAGACCGAUCAGGUUCGUCGUCUGUGGAGGGGAAAGCAGGACAGACGGUCAGACUAGCCUGUAAGAUCAUCCCAACGUCAGCGCUCUCUUCGGUCAGCCUCCAGUGGACCAGAGAAGGACAGACACUCAACUCUCUCAGACAUGCACAGCAUGCGGACGGCACCCUUGUGAUUGGCCAGUUGAGGUCAGAUGACUCAGGUGUCUACACCUGUACAGGCUCCACCCACAGUCAACUGGAGCAGAGACAGCUCACGCUCAAAGUACAAGGAGACCUGAGGAUCACCAUGCCCCCUAACAAUGUGCAGGUGUCUCAGGGCGGCACGGCCCAGCUCCCCUGUGUGGUGUCUGGGGACAACGUCAGCCUCGGCUGGUCCAGGAAUGGUGUCCCUGUGCGACCAGAUGGUGGGCGUGUUCAGAUGUCAUCAGAUGGUAGUCUGAUCUUGAAUAACGUGCAGCCGGCAGACGAGGGUUCCUACACCUGUAAUGCCUACACUGGAACAUACUCUGUCAGCGCCACAGCUGAAGUGCGCAUCAACAAGGCCUCACGGCAAGAGCUGGAUACAGGUCUUGGUGUGCCAGCUGAGUGCGUGGACCAGCCAGAGCUGGCUAACUGUGAGCUGAUAGUGUACGCCCGUCUGUGUAACAGCCAGUACUACUCUAGUUUCUGCUGUGCCAGCUGUGCCAGGCACGCCAAGGGAGAGGACAGAUACAGCCAGAUAGGGUAAGGCCCAGGGGGGCAAUGAGGUCAUGGCCUGCUAGGGUAUGGGCCAGGGGGCAAGGAGGACCAGGGGGCAAGUAGGGCCAGGGGGCAAGGAGGACCAGGGGGCAAGGAGGA